GUCGUUACGGUAGUGUUGUUCUCCAGUCUCAUGACGUUCUUCAGCGCUGUCUUUAGUGCGCACUGAUGAUUAUGGACGUUCGUGUGUUGAGACGACGAAUAUAAUGAAUGUAACAGAGGACAACACGGAGCAAUGUGGAAAUAGUCUCACCCGAGAACUCACGCAGACUCCUUUAAAGAAAAUAUGGGUGCCAUCCUCCACAAACGGCCUUCCAGAGAGACACAUAAGUCAAAGAAAGGUAUGCAUGACCAACUGCCCCACACUUAUAGUAACCGUUGGUCUCCCAGCCAGAGGAAAGACCUACAUCUCCAAGAAACUGACACGCUACCUCAACUGGAUUGAUGUUCCAACAAAAGAGUUUAACGUGGGACAGUACAGACGUGAAUGUGUGAAGAUCUACAAAUCCUUUGAGUUCUUUCGGCCAGACAAUGAAGAGGGGCUUAAAAUCAGGAAGCAGUGUGCAUUGGCAGCUCUCAAUGAUGUACGGCAGUUCCUCACAGAUGAAGGCGGUCAGGUGGCGGUUUUUGAUGCCACAAACACAACCAGAGAAAGGAGAGAGACGAUCAUCAGAUUUGCAGAGCAGAAUGGUUUCAAGGUUUUCUUCGUGGAAUCUGUAUGCGAAGACCCGGAUGUUAUUGCAGAGAACAUUGUGCAAGUGAAGUUGGGCAGUCCAGACUACACGCACUGUAACACAGAAGAGGCCGUUGCAGACUUUAUGAAGAGGAUCAAAUGUUAUGAGAACUCUUAUCAGCCGCUGGAUGAGGAGCUGGACAGGGACCUUUCGUUCAUUAAGAUCAUAGAUGUGGGACGGCGGUACCUGGUGAACCGGGUUCAGGACCACAUACAGAGCCGAAUUGUGUACUACCUUAUGAAUAUCCACAUCACGCCCCGCUCCAUCUACCUGUGCCGGCAUGGAGAGAGUGAUCUGAACAUCAAAGGUCGUAUCGGUGGAGACUCAGGACUCUCGGCCAGUGGAAAGGAGUUUGCUAAGGCUUUGGGCCAGUUUAUCCAGUCGCAGAAUAUAUGGGACCUGAAGGUGUGGACGAGUCAGAUGAAGAGGACCAUACAGACGGCAGAAGCUCUGGGUGUGCAAUAUGAACAGUGGAAAGCGCUCAAUGAAAUCGAUGCCGGUGUUUGUGAGGAGCUCAUGUAUGAGGAGAUCCAGCAGAGAUAUCCACUGGAGUUUGCAUUACGUGACCAGGACAAAUACCGGUAUCGCUAUCCCAAAGGAGAGUCUUAUGAAGACUUGGUCCAACGGCUGGAACCUGUGAUUAUGGAGUUAGAGCGGCAGGAAAACGUUCUAGUCAUCUGUCAUCAGGCCGUCAUGAGAUGCCUGCUGGCCUACUUUCUGGACAAGACUGCAGAGGAAUUGCCUUACCUGAAAUGCACUCUUCACACAGUAUUGAAGUUAACACCAAUGGCCUAUGGUUGUAAGGUGGAGUCAGUCUGUUUGAACGUGGAUGCUGUGAAUACGCACAGAGACAGACCAUCGAACGUAGAUGUGUCACGGCUGCCGGAAGAGGCUUUGUUAACAGUGCCAGAUCAUCACUGACAAAUGUUAAUGUACACCGCACUGCCGAAGACGCCCUACAGACCGUCCCGCCUCACUUCUGACCUACAACCACUGCAUCUUCUCCAGUGUCUCUCAUGCAAGCCUGGGCUUACCAUUACUAAAGGUCGACCCUGCCUUCAGACAGACCCCUGGUCAGGUUCUGGUUUUUCAUGUUAACUGGUUAAUUAGUUGCCGUAAGAUUUCUACUGACUGUAUAAAGUAUAUGGUUUCUCACUCCAUGUUUUGAAAGACCCGUGGCAUGAGAUACACAUAACCUGGAAGAUCGUGUUUUGGGAAAUAUGGGUUUUAGGUGGAUGUUACAUUUCUUUCUACGAUGGCUCUUAUAUGUAUGUGUGAUAUACAUAUAUUUACAGAUAUGCCAGUUACACCAAUGGGAUCUGCAGGUAUGUUAUUUUGCUGCUCCUUUAAUAGUGCUCUCAUUUUGUCAAAUCUAAAAGGUAAUCUCUCUGUUAUUUUGAGGGAUGGAUGUCAAAAUGUGUGUGUUUUUGUGCCUGUGAACAUACAAACCUGAGAAAACACUCAUUGUGUCAAAAAAUGUCCUUCAUCUUCUCUAAAGAUAGAGUGACUUUAUUUAUCUUAUUUUUUAUGUUCUUUAAGAGUUUAGAUAUGAAUAUCCACCUUUCACCUGACAUUUAAAUUCAGACACUAAUUGUUGAUUGAAGUGCUAGUUAUUUUAAAUCAACAGUGAGCUGUUCGGGCAGGUAUUUUUAUAUCAUGUACAUUUUGUUUAGAAUAACUGCAGAAUAUUCUGACUUUCCAACAGUGAUUUUAACUGCAUGUUUCUGAGAAAUUGAAGUGCUUGUGAGAGAAGCAUAAGCUGUUUUGUUACAUUAACAAUUUUGGGAACAAGAUAAAAGUCUCGGAAUUUGUAUUCAUUUUAAAUAUGUUCAACAAUGAUUCAUCUAUAUCCAUUUCCAUAUAAGGAUUCAAAUAUAGUAUUAAACUCUUAAGUUUAUCUGGGUCUGUCCGUUUUAUCUGUAACUCCUUUCAUCCAGUAUAACAUAGGUAUAGGUUGACUGAAUUGUUGCCUGUCUCGAACCAUGUCCAAAGAGUUCUGUGAUAUAUACUGUGCAUUUGAAACAGAUCUUGACUAUUUUAAUGAGAUUUUCUGGAGUAAGUAAUUUUAUGAUUGUUUCGGUGCCAGUAUCACACUAGAAAUAUAUAUUUUGAAGUUUUGAAGUAGUAGUCCAUUAAUAGUAAUAAUCACAGAUUUUAAUUCCUUGUAUAUACUGUGUAUCCAAAUCAUUUGUCAUAUUGCUACACCAUGUUGACAUAACAAAGAGACAUAUUGUACCGCAUCAUGGGAAAAUAAUAUAUUUGAUGUCAAAUAACAUGGAUUUUUUUUUUUUGUACUGUUGAAAAUGCAAUCUGUGUUUGUGUGUUUGAAUUUUAUCUCCUCCUUGAAUAAACCUUUUGUGGUGAUUUUC